CGCUACCAACAACCGCUGAGAAAACAAGGACGCGCCUUCCGACGCUUUCCCCAUUCUUCAAGCAACAGCGACUUCAAAACGACGCCGUUUUUGCUCCUCUUCUUCUUCUUUCUCCUCCCUCCUCAGCUCAGCUAGGGUUUUCGUUAUUUAUGCUUCUCUCUUCCACCAAUGCCCCAUAGUCUGCUACCCACUCUCUCAACUCUUCACCACUAGGUUGGAGCCGGAUCGAGAAUGGUGGACGCUGGGCCUGUGACUCCUGGGCAGGUGUCCUUUUUGCUUGGAAUCAUCCCAGUUUUUGUCACAUGGAUAUAUGCAGAGUACCUGGAAUAUAGAAAAUCUUCAUUUGUUCCUAAAUCUCAUUCAGAUAGCAAUCUGGUUGAGUUAGAAGAGAAGACAAUCAAGGAAGAUGAUAGGGCUGUUUUGCUGGAAGGAGGUCUUUCAAGAUCAGCAUCUGUAAAGUUCAACAGUUCAUCCAUCAAAUUGAACUUAAUGAGGUUUCUGACCAUGGAUGACUCUUUUCUACUGGAACACCGACUAACUCUCAGAGUGAUGUCUGAGCUUGGUGCAAUUCUGUUUUAUUUCUACAUAUGUGAUCGCACAGAUAUACUGGGAGAUUCAACAAAGAGCUACAAUAGGGAUCUCUUCAUCUUUCUAUGCCUUCUCCUCGUCAUAGUUUCAGCAAUGACAUCUUUGAAGAAACACUCUGACAAAUCAGCAUUUUCUGGAAAGUCCAUACUCUAUCUAAAUCGGCAUCAAACAGAGGAAUGGAAAGGGUGGAUGCAGGUCCUGUUUCUAUUAUAUCAUUACUUUGCUGCGAGCGAGAUAUACAAUGCAAUACGUAUCUUUAUUGCUGCAUAUGUUUGGAUGACUGGAUUCGGAAACUUUUCCUAUUACUACAUUAGAAAGGACUUUAGCCUUCCCCGAUUUGCUCAGAUGAUGUGGCGGCUUAAUUUCUUUGUGGCGUUUUGCUGUAUUGUUCUUAACAAUGAUUAUACGCUGUAUUAUAUAUGUCCAAUGCACACGCUCUUCACUCUUAUGGUGUAUGGAGCCCUUGGUAUCUUUAGCAAGUACAAUGAGAUCAAAUCAGUAAUGGUUGUGAAGAUUCUUGCAUGCUUUCUUGUGGUUAUUUUGAUUUGGGAAAUUCCUGGGGUUUUCGACAUAGUUUGGCGUCCAUUAGCAUUCUUAUUGGGGUAUACUGAUCCUGCAAAACCAGAUCUCCCUCGGCUGCAUGAAUGGCAUUUUAGAUCUGGACUGGAUCGCUACAUAUGGAUCAUUGGCAUGAUAUAUGCGUAUUAUCAUCCUACAGUUGAAAAAUGGAUGGAGAAACUGGAGGAAUCUGAUACCAGAAGGAGAGUCUCAAUUAAAGCAGGAAUAGUUUCCAUCGCUUUAUUUGUCGGUUAUCUAUGGUAUGAGUGUAUUUACAAGCUGGACAAGGUUUCAUACAACAAGUUGCAUCCAUAUACAUCAUGGAUUCCUAUCACAGUGUAUAUAUGCCUGCGGAACUUUACUCAGCAGCUGAGGAACUUUUCUUUGACUCUUUUUGCGUGGCUUGGCAAGAUUACCCUCGAGACCUAUAUUUCACAGUUCCACAUCUGGCUGAGAUCAAACACGCCUAAUGGACAACCUAAGUGGCUUCUCUCGGUCAUUCCAAACUAUCCGAUGCUCAACUUCAUGCUGACAACUGCCGUCUACGUUUUGGUGUCUCAUAGGCUUUUUGAGUUAACGAAUACGCUCAAGACAGUUUUUGUGCCCACAAAAGACAACCAAAGGCUGCUUCAUAAUUUGCUUGCUGGGGCAGCCAUUUUUACUUCUUUGUACUUCUUCUCGUUCAUGAUUGUUCAGAUAUCUCAUUGACAUGUUAACCGAUCAAGACCCAAAUGAGGGUUAUACAGAUGCUUCCUGUUGAAUAUGCAGAUAUAGAAAGAAUUGAAUAAGGGAGUUGGGAGUGUAAAGUUGCAAAUGACUGAAAAAUGUGAUUCCAACAGUUUUCAAGAAGUAGGGCACUCCAUUGCAGUGUGAAAGCCGAAUACAGUUAGAGAGUUCCCCUUGUGAAGUUUAAACGGGGGAAGGAAGCAGGAAGCAACACAAAAUUCUUAUGAAAUUGCGGAUUGUUGUGUAUGUUCUCCUUUUUGUUUACACCCCAGUUUUGUUUAAUCAUUGAAAAAAUUGUAGGUCUCUGUGCAUAGCUUCCUUUGCUGUUAUAAAACAAGUUCAUAUUCAAUGAAUCAAUAGAGGAAAUAGUUGAAGUA